CCCGGAUCUGCUUAUCACCUCCAUACAUACACAGUACCGCACCAGGACAGGACAGUCACGGUAUAUCUCACCUCACCCGUUGCCUCUCAACAACGCCCAGCCGCACUCACCACUGCCACGUGUGUGGCUUUUUUGACUGUCUGACUUCGACCCUUGGCAUGCAAAGGGAGGGACAAGUAGCCCAGCCCCGGAUACACGGCAGCGACAGCCCACCACCACAGCAGUUGCAGUCCGAGAUAACAACAAGUUGCUUCAGUAUAGACAAAUCCAGGCUCUCAGAGCGAGCAGCACAUCACGGGACCUGGAAAGCCCUUGCGACUUCCUUGUUGCAGCACAGAAGUCCUCUCGUCCUCGCCUUCCCGUCGCUGCCCUCUUGUGCGUAUUGCUCAUCCUUGCGUCCAAGGUUCUGUCAUGCUGUGGGUCACGGCUUGGAUCUCUGCCUGCUUGUUCCACUCUCCUCCUUGAGAAGCAUCGUCAGGCGCACUCGAAAAAGCAGGCCCAAAAAGAUACAUAUCGUCUUUUUUUUUCUAUAUCCUCAUCUCCUUGGGUCUCUAUAGUGCUCUAUUUCUCAGUCUCUUUCAGUCUCUUUCAGUCACUCCCAGUCUCGCGGCUCUGUCUGACUCACAGACAUGGCCAGCUCAAGCGGCGCCGCUGUUGGCAAUACUGCAGCCGGAAAGGCCAUCAGCAACCUGAUCCAGGAGAUCCAGGCGCUCCCCAGGUCCGGUCCUCGUGCUGCGCUUGUUCCGGCAACCGCUGCUCUGGCCGCAAUCUUGACCCUCUGGUAUUGGAAACGCAUGGCGUCAGGCAGUCCAGCCCAGGCUCAAGACGCCAGUCCGCAGUCAGGAAUCCAUGAUCCAAAAGCAACAGACCCGGACCUCCUCAGGGAUAACUCCGAGGUGAGGUCCUUCCGCACGAGCCGUUUUGUGUAUCCCGGCAUUCGUGUCUUCUUUCACCCUCACGCCAAAUUGGACGAGAUGCCAAAGGACCCAGCACCUCUGCCGCUUUUAGUAUUCGUCCACGGGCUCGGCGGAUCCGUCGCGCAAUUCCACCCGCUACUCAAGAGCCUAACGAACAACUCCUCGUGCCUCGCGAUAGACCUGCCGGGAUGCGGCGUCUCCGAGUUCGCCCCGACGUCAUGGGAUGCGUACACGAACGAGGCGCUUGUUGAGCUGCUUGACACGAUUAUCAACGAGUACCGAGAUAAGCAAGCCGGCCAAGGAGUCGUUUUGAUCGGUCAUAGCAUGGGUUGUUCGCUGUCUGCCCGCCUCGCCUCUCCAGGCUCAAGCCAGCUGGCUAACCAUGUAGUUGGGCUCGUGGCCAUUUGCCCACCCGCUGGGCCGCCUACGGAGGCGAAUGUGAACAAAUUCAGAAAGCUACUCUGGAUACCUACGCAGAUUUUCGACCUGUGGAGAGCGUGGGAUGCCCGCGGGGGAGCCGAGAGUGCUAGCGUUAGGAGAUUUGUUGGUGCUGAGGCAGACAUCGAGUCCAAACAAUCUCAGUUCCGCUUCAAUCGCCAAAGCAGGACUCCGGUAUGGCGGAGAAUGGCAUGGGGCAGCCUGCCAUUUUACGAGAACGGUGUCCCGAAGGGCGGUAUCGCAGGCAGAGAUAUCUGGGCCUCGCUCAACGUGCCUUGCUUUCUUCUUGGAGGGGGCAAAGACAGGGUGACACCACCGGAAGAGAUCGACAAGCUCCUUGAGGCGUUGAACGCCAAGGCAACACCUUCUUCGCUGGACGGUGCAAACGAGAGCAUCCAGCCCAUUGUGGAUGCUGCCGCCCCGAUCGAUACUACGGUGGAGACUCCAAAGCCAGCCAGCCGUAUCGAAGAGAUACGGGACGAGGAUUUCCUGCGACCGAAGAAGAGGAAGCAUGAUGAUGACACCUUCGAGGAUCCGAGUACGCCUCAGGAGCCGCCAGCUGUUGGCAUGCCUUCCCAGCCUCAGCACCCUGAGAAGGUUGUCAAAUCCAUGGUAGUGAAACGUGGGACGCACGCAAUGGUCUACACCCAGGAUUGCUCCCACAUCCUCGCGUCCAUAAUUUCAGACUUCCUCUCUCACCACGUCACAGGCAGGCUGUCUCGGAGCUGGCAGCUGCAGUAUCUAAACAAGGAGUCGAAAUGGGACGUCAAGAACUUGGCCAAGUGGAAGGGUGUCGAGCCAGUCUCCAAACCUAUCGCAGGUGUAUUCCGCGCGAUGAAGACGUUCCGGGAGGUAGACGACGAGCACUCGCCCGUCAUAUUUGCCGAGAAGUGGGGCGGUAUUGUAAAAGACGUGGUCGACAUCUCAAAAGACACGCCGGUUUACGAUCCAGCCGGGCUCGAACGCGCCGGUGUGAGAUAUCACAAGUUCCCGACCGUGUCUAAGAUCCCGCCGACAGACCAUGAGGUCGACGAGUUCAUCAAGCUUGUGGAUAAGCUUCGCAAGAAACAGAAGACCAGGGCAGUCGAGGAGGGUUGGGCCGAGAACUCGGAGCACGCCGUUGGCGUACACUGCCAUUACGGCUUCAACCGGACCGGAUACUUUAUAGUUUGCUACCUGGUGGAGAGAUGCGGGCUUGGAGUGAAGCAGGCAUUGGAUACAUUUGCUGAGAUGAGACCUAAGGGAAUCCGGCACUCCCACUUCAAGGACCAGCUGUUUGUCCGGUAUUCAGAGCUGCGGUCACAGAGCACUUGAUGCGGCACUCGGUCACGACUGCUACUGGUUGGGUACUGCAAUGCUCAUCGCUGGCAGAAGAGAGAUGGAUAUACUAUUCUUAUCGAGAGGCAGGGGGUAUUGUUUGCCAUUCAUUCGACGUUCCGGGAAGCAAUGGGAGGUGGUGGGUGGUUUUCGGGGGAAUCGGGCCAAGGCGUACAAGGUUCACUGCUGUAUUAUACCUAUUAGACAAUCCUGUCUCAUGAUAUCCUUAAGAAGCUUGCAUUGGAA